AUGCAUAUUAAAUGUGGUGUAAUUCUCCUCAUAAUUACAAUAGCGCACAGUGCCAAAAGAAUUGACUACGAUGAUUUGGACGAGAACGAGAUAAAUUAUGUGCAAACGUCCCUUGUUUUCCCAGACGACAUAGAAGAUGUGCGCAAAUACUAUUUACUAGCGCAGUUCUUUGACCGAAAACUAAUUGAUAUACCUGUGACGUGCAAUAGGGAGCGACCGUUCAAAUUGCACAUGGAAAAGGAGCAAAGGUGUGUGUGUUUGAAUUUGGAAGAAUUUAUAAAAGUGAGACAUAAAAAGCGAUGUUGA